AUGGCUAUAACAACUGGAGAGCCACGGCUGCUGAUAGCGAUAGCUAAUGACAUAACGCUGUAUAGAUCCAAUGGUAGCAUGCUCUGGACAGAAACGCUGUCCCAGAGUUCGCGGGCAAUGGCGUACUAUUACAGGAAGAACAGGAUUUACCUGGGGACGAACCCUGUGACGUCGAUACAGCUAGACGGGGGCGACAACCAAACUCAUGGAACCAACUAUUCAGGAACGAUUCUUGGAAUGUCUAUCGACGAAUGCCGGGACUUGAUCUACUUGUCUGUCAGCGGGGAUCGCGUGGUCAAGAUGACGUCAGACGGCACUUGGACAAUCAUGGCGCCCGACCUAGAAGUGUCCAAACCACGUCAAAACCAGCUCAACUUGGAAGACAAUGUGCUGUACUGGGCUGAUGAGGGGUUUAAAACGAUGAAGAGCGUGAAGACUAAUGAGGCGUCUCCGGUAACGACGAUGUUCACAUCAACAUCCACGGUGUGGGGCAUGGACGUCGACAUUCCAGCCCAGAGGAUCUACUGGUGCGCUAAGUCGACGGGUGAUGUAUGGGUAUUCGACAUGUCGACCUCCACCAACACCCAGCUGGUCCCCAACGGCGGCCCCGUGUCCGGCUCCUGCAGCGGACUACGUCUCUACAACGACUACAUCUACCUCAUCUACUACAGACAUGGGUAUGUGGAGAAGAGAUCUAAAGAUGGACUUCUAGUUGAGAAGCUUUUGGAUGGAGUGAUCCCCGGAGCGAAAACAAAAUAUAUGGCUAUUAUAGAAUAA